AGUGUUGGGCUGAAUCGGGAAAUUGGUGUUAGUCAGCUGAUAGAAUGAUGGAAGGAAACCGGGACGAAGCUGAGAAAUGUUUGAAAAUCGCCACUAAAGCCCUUGAGGAUGGCAAUAAAGACAAGGCUUUAAAAUUCCUCAACAAAGCAGAAAAACUCUAUCCAACAGAGGACGCAAAAGUAUUGUUGGAAGCCUUGCUGAGGAAUGGUACUUCGACAGGGAACAGCAGUGCAUAUUGCAGGAAGGCAUCAAAUGGAACUGACUCCAGAUCCCAAACCUGGCAUGGGACACAGAAACAAGAGCCAACACUUGCAGACUUAAAAGGAUUUACCAAGGAGCAAGCUGAAGGGGUACAAAGGAUAAAGAAAUGUAAGAAUUACUAUGAGGUACUGGGUAUCAGAAAAGAUGCCAAUGAUGAGGAACUAAAAAAGGCCUACAGAAAACUGGCUUUGAAAUUCCACCCUGACAAAAACCAUGCGCCAGGAGCAACUGAGGCUUUUAAAACAAUUGGGAAUGCUUAUGCAGUGCUCAGUAACCCAGACAAGAAGAGGCAGUAUGAUGUAAGUGGAGAAGAGGAUCCCAACAGCCCAAGUAACAAUGCUCAUGGAGGAUUUGAUUUCCACAGAGGCUUUGAGUCGGAUAUUACACCUGAAGAUCUCUUUAACAUGUUCUUUGGAGGAGGCUUCCCCUCAUCGAACGCACAUGAAUUCACUAAUGGCAGAACAUACAGUCAACAUAUGGAUGAAACCAGAAGAGACAGAGCAGAGGAGAGGGGAGAAGGUGGGUUCUCCAUGUUUAUUCAGCUGAUGCCAAUUGUUGUGCUGAUCUUGGUCUCAAUCUUCAGCCAGCUGCUGGUGUCCACACCACCUUACAGCCUGUACUCCAGACCGUCCACGGGACAGACUGUGAAAAGACAAACAGAGAACCUGCAUGUGGACUAUUUUGUCACCAGAGAUUUCAAGUCAGAAUAUAAAGGUUCAGCUUUGCUAAAAAUUGAGAAGAGUGUAGAAGAAGAUUAUGUUUCUAAUGUGCGAAACAACUGCUGGAAGGAAAGACAGACAAAAACAGACCUACUGUAUGCUGCUAAGGUCUACCGGGAUGAGAGACUACAGCGAAAGGCCGAGCUCAUGACCAUGGAGAACUGCAAAGAGCUGGAUAGACUGAACAAUCUCUUUCGUGGAGGAUAACCUUUAACUAAAACUAAUGGACAUUUCUGAAAAUAAAAUAACAUAGGUAUAAAUGUAAAUAUUUAUUGUUUGUUUGCUGUUGUGUGUGUUUUUUUUACACAUUCUUUUAGAAAGGCAACAUUUAAUUAAAGGGAGAAUUCAUUAAUUUCAGUGUAGAAAAUCAACUGAGAAAAAGACCAUUUUUCCUUUAAUGUUUUUUUUCCCUCCGUUUUAUGGCUAAAUUGAUUUAUGCUUAAAUUGGCUUUUUGUUUUACACUUGAAUCACAACUUUUUUUCUUUGACCAAAUUUGGCUCCUUGCCAUGUUUUUUUGGUCUCUUUAAGUGCUACUAACUCAUAGAGACCACUAUUUUGAAUCUUAAUGAAACUAAAAUGGUACAAAAUAAAAUAAAAGCUUUUAAACAAGA